UUUGAAAAAAAAAAAAAGAAGAAGAAGACGGAUUUAUUUAGGUAAUUGGGUUUAUAAAGUUAGAAGAACGAAAGCAAUGGAAAUUGGUUUUUAUGAACCAAUCGAAAUUGUUUCUGUCAUUAGAUAUAAGUAAUAAAUAGUAAUAUAAUAAUUAGUAACACAAACACAAGAUCUUCGUUUUUUCUGAUUCCCUACUCAACCCUGGAUUUCUUCCCCGACUCUCUCUCUCUCUCUCUCUCUCUCUCUCUCUCUCAUCUUCAAAACUAACACAAUAUAUAUAAAAACAACAACAACAAAAACCCUAAUUCCCUCCUUCUCAAGUCUCUCUUUCUCUACAAUCCAAAUAAACAAACUCUGUUUCUCUGUGACACUAGCCAACCCCCGCACAAAUGAUCAGAGUGGAUGUGAUUGGAGCGGUUGGUGUUUGAGAUUUUAAUAAAUUGGAAGAGGGAUAUUAAUGGAGGCUAACAUCUGUGACAUCAAUCACUUGGAUGCCGAUGUCCUUCUGCCUCCUCGGAAGCGCCUGCUUGCAGGAUUUAAGAAACAGGCUUCUAACGCCAAUGGUAUAUUAGAUCAGCCUACGGUUGCUUCUUCUUCUUCAUCUCCUCCUUCACCUUCACCCUCACCCUCUCCCUCUCCUUCUACUUCUUCAAGCGAUGUUAAUACCCAUCUUAAUAAUUUAUUGAGUUCCCAUUUCAAUAACUCAAAUCUUUCUCCUGAGGAGAUUUUGAAGGCCUCGAGAGCAGCAGCUAUUGCUGCUGCUAAAGCUGCAGAGGCUGCCAGAGCUGCUGCAGAGGAGAAGGCUGCAAUUGCAGCUAAAGCUGUCGCUGCAGCUAAGAGUGCUUUGGACAUGGUAGCCACAUUUUCUGAAGAUACUGUUGGUAAGGAUGGAUACCUAAAAAAGAAUAAACUCAAGAAGCAUGUCCCAGUUCAACUCUUAUACAAAAAACAUCAACCAAUUGAGAAUUAUAGGACAGAUGAAGAGAUAGCCCGUAGAUUGCACCGAGCAAUCAACAGUUCUCCAAGAAUCUCGAAGAAUUCACCAACUUCUGAAGGGAGAGGCCAUAAACAUAAAAGGCCUAGGAGCUUGGCAACUCUUGAGAAAACAAAGGUUUCCAAUGGGGGUAUAGUAUUGGGAGGAAGCCCAUCUUCUACAUGCAGUGGAGGUACUAUAGCAGGGGAAAUUGAAUCUGAGGACUUCAUUGAGGAGUCAGUUAAAGCAGAGGCAAAGGGAGCCAAAUAUGAAAAAUAUGGGAAAUCGGAGUUUGAUAAUGGUGAAGCAGAAUCAAGUCGUGCUAAGGAAAAAGCUUGUGAAGAUGCGUAUUUCCCUCGUAAAAAGAGGGGAAGAGUGAAGCUAAAGAAGUUGCCCUUAAGCAUUUGUUCCUUCAGGGAUCAAGUGAAUCCCAAGGAAGAAAUGAUUGUUGAGAGCUCUCCAUUGACCGAAAAGAACAUGGGUAAUCUGACUGCUGCUGUUAAUCCCUUGUUUUCUCUGGAGCCCUCUGCUGAUUGUGUUAUUCAAAUUGAAGGUACACCAAUGUGGAAAUGCCAGGAUUUCAAGGCCCCUGCAUGUAUCAAACAAAACAAAGUCAUGCAAUCAUAAUGUUUAAAUCCUGUUCUUAUAAUCGGUGGCUUCAAUGAUAGAAGUUAAUAGCUGAGGUAGGAUUUGUGGUUCUCUUUUGAUAGGAAUGACUUUACACCAUUUAUCUUUUUGCUCAUCUCUGGUUUUGUAACGAAGUUGAAUUGAAAGUGUAUAUUGGAAUGUUCAAUUGCUUGCCUCUACACUUUACUAAUAGUGCUUGCUGCAUAAAAUGACAGCAAUAGUUGAGAUAAAGAGGAAUGCAAUAAAUUUAGAUGGUUCCUUGUUAAUUUUUUUGUAUAUUCAUCCUGCUUUCUGGGAUGAUGCUAGAUAUGUUACAACUUUAAUGCCUCUGGUAUUGUUUUUUCUGCAGUUGAUUCAUUAUGUUGUUCUCCUUUAUCUAUUUUCUUUUAUGGUUGUUCUCCUUUAUUUUGAAUUAUUGCUGUAUGAAAUUCCUUAUUG